GAUUGUGGAAAUGUCAGGUUAGCCUAACUGGGGAAGUUUAGCAAACAAACGUUUGUUAAAAACAGCAGGAUACUCGGGAUCUAGAGGGAUAUAUGGAUGAUAGGGGAACGGUGGCGGCUUGGUUGCGGAUAAUUUCAGUCCGGAGUUUAUUUUGUAGAGGGUUCAGCGCAGGAUGGCCGCGAAACAGACCGCGCUACUGGAGGCAACGGAUGCGCUUUUUUAGUGGGGUGUGUCAGGCUCGUGGUUACGUAGCGUUGUCGAAGGUGCAGUGCAGCUGGACGAAUGCACGAAUGGGCUGCCGAAUGUGAAUAGGCUUUUCAGAACGUGGGGUGGCAGUAGACGGGGUUCUCAAUUAUCG